CAAUUGGAUGCAAUGUUCCAAAAUUAGUCGUGUAUGAUCCACAGUGAUCAGCGGUUUGGAGAAAGUAUCAAAGUACACAAAUACAAGUGCGUAAUUGAAGUGGCUCUUAUCUGUCAAAUUUAACUAAUAUGAAAAAGAUGCAUUGUCUUUUCGUGUAUCUUUCUCUUUUGUUAGCAUUUGCCAAUGCAGACAUAGUAAGGAUCCCUUUGUACAAGACUCAAACCAUAAGGUCAAAAUUGAAAGAAUAUGAUACGGAAUGGCAUAGAGUUCAUCUUUUAUAUGGCGGAUUGACACCGGAACCAUUAUCUAAUUAUCUUGAUGCACAAUAUUUUGGUAUUAUUAGUAUUGGUUCCCCACCGCAAAAUUUUAGUGUAGUUUUUGAUACAGGAUCCUCAAAUUUAUGGGUACCAUCCAAAAAAUGCCAUGUAACGAAUAUUGCUUGCCUUCUCCAUCACAAAUAUGACAGUAAUAAAUCAUCUACAUAUAAAAAGAAUGGCACCGAGUUUAAAAUACAAUAUGGUUCUGGUAGUCUCUCUGGAUUCCUAUCUAUUGAUACAGUAUCUAUUGCAGGAGCAGAUAUCAAAGACCAAAUGUUUGCUGAAGCUAUGAAUGAACCUGGACUUGCGUUUGUUGCAGCUAAAUUUGAUGGGAUAUUAGGAAUGGCAUAUUCUAAAAUAGCUGUAGACGGUGUAACACCUGUUUUCUAUAAUAUGGUUAAACAAGGCAUAGUAUCGCAAGCCAUUUUUAGUUUCUACUUAAAUAGAGAUCCUUCAGCACCAAUAGGCGGAGAAAUGAUAUUGGGAGGAUCAGAUCCAGAUCACUAUGAAGGUGAUUUUACAUAUGUUCCUGUAGAUCGUAAAGCAUACUGGCAAUUUAGAAUGGAUAGAGUUGAAGUUGGUGAGAGCGUAUUUUGUGCAAAUGGUUGUGAAGCUAUUGCUGAUACAGGUACAUCAUUAAUAGCAGGACCAGUAAAAGAAAUUGAAGCAAUAAAUAAACAAAUUGGUGCCACCCCCAUUGUAGCAGGAGAAGCAAUGGUUGACUGUAAUUCUAUUGCACAAUUACCUGAGAUUAAAUUUGUACUUGGUGGACAUACUUUUUCCUUGACUGGUAACGAUUAUGUUUUAAAGGUUACACAAUUUGGUAAGACUGUUUGUUUAAGUGGAUUUAUGGGUAUGGACAUCCCUCCACCUAAUGGGCCAUUAUGGAUUCUUGGUGAUGUGUUCAUUGGACGUUAUUAUACUGAAUUCGAUAUGGAAAAUAAUCGUAUAGGAUUCGCAGUUGCUAAAUAAAUGCAAUUAAGAAUAUUAAUCAUAACAUACUUACAUUAACAUUUGUACAUUAGUAUAUUUUGAAAGCAGUAAAAUAUUUUGCUUAAUAUAAAUGUGAUAUUCCAUAAAAUAUGCGUUAAAAUAUAUAAAAUGCGUAUGAAUAUUA